AUCUUUCCUUCCAUGCACCACCAACUUCGCCGACGGUAGACGAAGUCGCGGUGGGGGACAUGCUUGGCUACGUUGCCAAGGUGGCCCGCGAGUUUGUCUCGCAACGGUACGAAGAAAACGACGCACCGUUGCUCUACGUUCGCAUUCAGAUUGGGCAAGCGGCCUGCAACGCUUUGCUAGAUUGCGGCGCAACUCGCAACUUCAUCAGCCAGUCCUUCAUGACUCGGGCUGGCCUUGGCGCACAAGUACGGAGGAAGUCACAUCCGACGACGGUCGCUCUUGCCGACGGUAAGACGAAACAACUUUUAGACCGUUACAUCUCGGAAGUCCCGGUGUACUUUGCACCGCACGCAUGUGAACCCGUCACUUUUGACGUGUUGGACACCGACUUCAAUGUCAUUUUGGGGAUGCCUUGGGUUUCUAGCACGGACCACACGGUCAAUUUCCAUCGACGCACGCUCACGAUUCGUGAUGCAACUGGCGCCGAGGUCCCGUGUACUAUACCUCCUCCUCGCUCUUCCAUUAGGUGCCAAGUCGUGAGUGCCAAAUCUUUUCGAGACGCAUGCCGUUCCGAGCAUGUCGAAGAGAUUGGCAUCGCUUUGCUUCGAACCGUCCCGACGACCGAUUCAUCGUCCACAGAAGUGUCUUCUGACCCCCGUGUGACCCGGUUGUUAGACGAGUUCUCGGAUGUUUUUGAGACACCCUCCGGUAUAGCACCGGAGUUAGCCGAGGUCUUAUACACUGGUUGGAUUCGCUCCAAGGGCUACCCCAAGGAGAUCGUUCGCGACCGGGACACUCGCUUUCUCUCCGACUUUUGGGUCGCCCUCGUCAAGCGAUGGGGCUCAUCUUUGAAGCCGAGUUCGGCUCGCCACCCGCAAACCGAUGGUAAAACGGAAAGGGCGCAUCAGACCGCUCAAGUCCUUCUCCGCACUCUCAUCCGUCCCGACCAGGUUGAUUGGGUUGAGCGCUUGCCAGACGUUGAGUUGGCUUACAACUCAUCGAUCCACCCRBCUDUYGGGAUGUYGCCRUUCGAGUUUGAGCAUGGUUCACCCAUCUCAUCGCCGCUGGACGCUACUUUGCCGCGCACAGCCGAGAGCGACGACCAUCUUGCGUUCCUUCGUCGCAUGCAAGAGCUUCUUGUCAAGGCACGGGAUCAGAUGUCGAAGACGCAAAUACGGAUAAGCUGUCAAGCCAACCGCAAUCGCCUUCCUUGCCCGUUCCGCGCCGGCGAUCUGGUUUGGGUCUCCGCAGCGGAGUUCAACCUUGAGCAAGACGUCUCUCGCAAGCUCCUUCCCAAGUGGAUGGGGCCUUGGCGCAUUCUCUCUGCAGCUGGUGAUGAUCCCGAGGGGCCCUCAUUCCGCAUCGCGGUGCCACCUCACUUGCCCGUUGCUGUAACUGGGCAGCCUGAUGUCUCGCAGCCUGCACAGCCGCAGGGUUCACAGCCCCAACAGCUAGUGCAGCCACCUGCACCACAGGGUCCACAAGCCGGAUUGAUGCAGGGACCGGGACAAAGUCAGUGGGUUCCAAAGACGACCAUCGCCGCUCCUAAACCCUUUACAGGGGAUAAGAGGGGCGAAGACCUCGACACUUGGUUGAGGGCAGUGCCAGUCUAUGUCAAGUGCAAACUUACCUUGCCACACGAGGAAGUGUUUGUGGCUGCCUCUUAUCUAGAGGGGAGUGCAACACGAUGGUUGAGUGGUUUAGUGCAGCUACAGGGGUACGGUCAUGACUUUCGCGCUUGGGCUGUCACCCAGAAAUUGGAUGACUUCCUCAAGUUGGUGGAAGUCGGGUCGCAUGAUCCUCAGGAAGCCCAAAAGGUUACUGAUGCGAUCCUAACACUGCAUACUCGACAACUUAAAUCAGUUAGGGAGGCAACUGACGCUGUAGAGCGUCUGAUCUGUGUCCCUGGGGAGCGCUAUGACCCCCAUGUGUUACUCACCUCCUACCUGAGAUGCUGUCCCAUGACUCUCAGGAAUCAAUUGGCAGGUGAGGGCAACAUCAAUAUGCACAACUUUCCCUCAUUUAGCAAGAAGGCCCUAGACCUUGAGGCAAAGAUAGGGCAUGGGCAGACACCCACGACAGAUGGUAGGAGAAAGUCACUGCUUCCCAACUGGAAGGCGAAGGGUCGCAUUAUGUUUGUCGAUAACGAUGGUUCAACCAUCGAGUUAGAUGACAACUUCCAGGAGGGAGUAGGUUCAGAGUCUGGCAGCAUUGAGGCUUCAGGGGGUGGAGUAGUCGUAGCACAAAAAGGAAAGGCGACCGGUAGACGCCGUGGAGUUCCCGGUCUAGGAGUCAAGUUGACCCCAAUGCUCCUCCAUGGGAGAAAACGGGUCUCACAGAGGACGUGUGGAGAGACAGGCGAGCCGGUGAAAAUGCUGCCGGAGAUAGAGGGAGUAGUUGCCAAGUACCUUGAUCUAUUUGAAGAGCGUACAGGGGUUGUUCAGAGGGAGGUCGUCCAUGCGAUAGAGAUUAUCCCAGGGUCUCCAGGCGAGCUUGAUGAGCUUCGUCGGCAACUCAAGGAACUCGUAGAGAAGGGUUGGAUCCAACCGAGUGUUUCUCUUUAUGGGUCGCCGGUCCUAUUCGUACCGAAGAAGGAAGGAACACUGAGGAUGUGCAUUGACUAUAGGGGCCUCAAUGCCAUCACUAUCAAGAACAGAGAGCCCCUACCGCGCAUCGAUGACUUGCUAGAUAGAGUGCAAGGGUACCGGUACUUCAGUAAGAUAGAUCUGAAGUCCGGGUGCCAUCAGAUUGCAAUCCGACCCGAGGAUAAACACAAAACCGCAUUUCAGACCAGGUACGGUCUGUACGAGUUUGUGGUGAUGCCUUUCGGCCUUUGCAAUGCUCCUGGCACCUUUCAGCACGCUAUGAAUCGGAUAUUUCAUGACUACUUAGAUAAGUUUGUCAUCGUGUACCUCGAUGACAUACUUAUUUUUAUUAAGAUUGUCGAGGAGCACGUUGCGCACUUGGACAAAGUCCUUAGUCUUCUUCGACAGCACAAGUUCAAGAUCAACGGUGAGAAGUGCGAAUUUGGCCUCACCCAUGUCUUGUACUUGGGUCAUGAGAUUUCUGUGGAGGGAUUGAAGCCCGAUGACGUGAAGGUGGCCAGCAUUCGUGACUGGUCGUGUCCUCAGUCUGUGACUGAGAUGAGGUCCUUCUUAGGGAUGACAGGCUACCACCACAAUUUUGUUCAGAAUUACAGCAUAGUGGCCGCCCCUUUGACGGACCUGACUUGCCUUGACACACCAUGGGAGUGGACAAACAGGUGUGAGGUUGCUUUCAGACAACUGAAGCAUGCAUUGACACACCAUGAGGUCUUGAAACUUCCUGAUCCUGACAAACCUUUCGUAGUAACUACGGAUGCUAGUCAAUAUGGCAUAGGCGCCGUACUUGCGCAACAUGAGGGGGAAAAGUUGAGGAUGGUAGAGUACAUGUCCAAAAAGAUGCCCUCUCAGAAGUUGGCUAAGUCCACCUAUGAGAAGGAACUCUAUGCGAUCUACAAGGCGCUCACCCAUUGGAGGCACUAUCUCCUUGGGAGGUUCUUCUACGUCAGGACUGAUCACCAGACCCUGAAGUGGAUGAGAACCCAACCUGUGCAGUCCGGCGCUUUGAAGCGUUGGAUUGAAGACAUAGAGCAGUAUGACUUUGAGCCCCAAUACAUCAAGGGCGAGAACAACAAGGUUGCUGAUGCGUUGUCACGUAGACCGGAUUUCUCUGGUGCGCUGAUCACUGAGUUUGGGCUUGCGGACGAUGUUACUUGCUCUAUGGUCGAAGCCUAUCGCGAGGACCGGUUUAUGUCUGAGAUCAUACGCAGACUCGAGGCGAAGGACAAAGUCUGUCAGAGAGACAAGCCUCGUACACAGGCCCCUCUUGGGCUCCUCAAGCCCCUUCCGAUUUCGGAAAGCCCCGGUGACAGCCUGUCUAUGGACUUCAUGGACACGCUGGUCACCAACAAGAGUGGAAUGAGACACAUCUUUGUUAUCGUGGAUAGGUUUAGUGAGUACGCUAGGUUAGUUGCAAUGUCGGGGACAACAAAGACCGAGUAUGUGAUCAGACUCUUCAAAGAGAACUGGGUCAGAGACUUUGGGCUCCCAAAGUCUAUUGUUAGUGAUAGGGAUGUCCGAUUCACAAGUGAGUUGUGGAAGGCUGCAGCUGCAAAACAAGGAAUACAGCUGCAGAUGACUUCUGGGAACCAUCCCGAGGCCAAUGGCCAAGCAGAGCAGCUUAACCAUGUUGUUCAACACCUGUUGCGGCAUUACAUCAAGCCCAAUCAGGUUGACUGGGAUGAGAAACUUGCUCUCAGCGCCAGCCUGUAUAACAAUGUUGUGCACAACGCAACUGGAAGCCACGAGGAUGCAACUCGGGCACUCAAUGCCCGAUUGUUGGACCUGGAACAGGCUGUACCAGGACCAGCUGCUGGAGCUUCCAGCAGUGCACCCUCAAGCCGCCAACUGGAGGACCGCGUUGACCACGUAGUGGCAAUGCUCGGCGACAUCAGCACCUUCGCUGCGCCGACCACCACCAUCAGCAGUCAGCUGCAUACAUUAAAGACCGAGGUCCAGAAGCUGCAGUCGACAAACGAGGACGACAAUCCGAAGAUGUACAAGAUGCCAACUUUCAACCCGGAGAGGUUCGACGACUACACGCAGCAGGAUCCCGUCCUCUGGUGGGAAGCAUUCACAACGCAACUCAGGAUUCUGCCAGUAGCCAAGCAUGCGUAYAUCGGCGCCCUGUUCCUGAACUCAAAGGGCGGAUGCCAGACCUGGUUGAGCCACCUGGCAACCUCCCACGGCGUCGACGUACCAGACUUGAAGAACGUAAUCACAUGGGAGGAACUGACACGGCUGUGGAAGAAGCGGUUCAUCGUCGACGACGCGCCGGCACUCGCCAUCAACCGUUUGUUCACCAUGUCACAGGGCAACACAACAACACGGGGCUGCCUCACGGAGUGGCAGAAGAUUGCGGCUGUGCCCAAUCUGAACCUACCAUUCGAGCAUCUACGCCGUGAGUUCUACAACAGGUCCUGUGCGGCAUUGAGCCAGGCUCUUGGUGAUCGCGAGCAGUACUCAACCUUCACGGAGAUCAUUGACAAAGCGAGGGAGAUCAUCAAGACUAACAGCGAGGAAGAGUUAAAUGUGCUUCGGGCACAACUCGACGACCUUCURGAGAAAGGCUGGAUUCGGCCUAGCUCAUCGCCAUACGGUGCUCCUGUUCUCUUCGUCCGGAAGAAGAACAAGGACCUGCGGUUGUGCAUCGAUUAUCGCAAGCUCAACGCGCAGACGAUCAGAAACGUCGUCCCUCUCCCACGCAUCGACGACCUUCUCGAGCGAUUGGGUGGCGCCCAGUUCUUCUCUAAGCUGGAUCUCAAGUCAGGGUACCACCAACUCGAGAUUCGCAAGGAGGAUCGCUACAAGACCGCGUUCAAGACUCGGUAUGGGCAUUUCGAAUGGCUGGUCAUGCCAUUUGGCCUUACGAAUGCCCCAGCCACUUUCCAAGCGGCUAUGACGACGGAGUUCCGACACAUGCUGGAUCGUUUCGUACUUAUAUACCUCGACGACAUUCUUGUUUACAGCCGGAGUCUGGACGAGCAUGUGGAACACCUGUGCACCGUUUUGGAGCGGCUACGACAGGCCAAGUACAAAGCAAACCGCGACAAGUGCGAGUUCGCACAGCAGGAGCUGGAGUACUUGGGACACUAUGUGCUGCCGCAAGGCAUCCGUCCGCUUGCGGACAAGAUCGAGGCCCUACGAGUAUGGCCCGAGCCCACCAACACCACGGACGUUCGUUCAUUCAUGGGGUUGGCGGGCUACUAUCAGCGAUUCAUCACCGGAUACUCCAGGAUUGCUGCACCUAUGAGGAGGUUACAGUCGCCAAAGGUGCCAUUCGUAUUUGAUGACGACGCACGCUGGUCAUUCCAAGCACUUAAGACGACUAUGCUCAUGGCACCCGUCCUUAGCAUUUAUGACCCCACCCUGCCGACGCGAGUGACUACGGACGCUUCCGGCUAUGGCAUUGGGGCAGUCUUGGAACAACACGACGGCGACGACUGGCACCCUGUGGAGUAUUUCAGCCGCAAAGUGCCUCCCAUCAACUUGCUUGAUGAUGCAAGGAAGAAGGAGCUGCUCGCAUUCCGCAUGACCAUACUUACUCGCUCGCAGACAGCAGCGAUGGAUCAGAAAGCAGGUGAGUCUGUCGAGGCCUAUGAGGCACGGUUGGCGGCCAUCAUAGCCGAAAGCAAGCAACGGGCAGAAGCGGCAGCAGCAACACGGAAGAAGAGAGAGGCAGAGGCAGAGAGACUGCGUCUUCUGGCCGAAGAACAGCGACAGAAGCACGCGGCAGCAGCAGCCAAGGGCGCUGAUGAAGAACGUGUGCGGCGACACGAAGUCAUAUUCAGGGAGGAAGGUGCAUUACAUGCACAGGCCAAGGACUGGCAGAGGGAGGCCGAGAGCGGCGAAUCCGUCGACUACGGGAGCAGGGUAUCUCAUCUGCUCAACCGUGUCACGGACCUCCUCGCGACUUGUAUCGCGCAGCAGGAGGACAUCCACUCCCUCGACCACACCAACAAGGUGUUACAGCAGUCGGUGGACCAGAUGCUCAAGUGCAUACAGCAGCUGGAGCAGCAGGUCGCCACCGCUAACACCAGCGUCGGCCCCUCCGACCUCGUCGACCGCGUCAAUGUCCUGGAGAUAGACGUGGGAACACUUAAGACUGGGACACAGCAGCUGCAACAGCAAGUUUCCGCAGCAGCCGGCCCCAGCGCAACGACACGCGAAACUAUUGCCAAGUUCGAUGGGCUCCCGAUCUUCUGUGACGCAUCGAAGACCGACCCCAUCCAGUGGUGGCGCCAGUUUGAACUCAAGCUGGAUAUCCACCACGUCAUCGACGCGAACCGACAUGCAUAUUUGUACUCCCGCUCGGGAGGCGCGUGUCAGGCAUGGUUGGACAACAUGCUGUCCGCACAUGCAUGUACAGUCACCGAGUUACACAAGUACAUCACCUGGGCGGACCUCACGGCGGCAUGGAAGAAGCGUUUCCAAGUAGAACCGCCCGAGCACCAGGCGAUGGACAAGCUGCUGACGUUUUCGCAGAACAGCAUGCCAAGCGGAGACUGGAUUUCUGAGUUCCAACGGCUGGCAAGCACACCCAAGUUGUCGAUGAACUUCGACGGCAUCAAGCUUUACUUCAUCAAGCGGUCGUGCCCAGCGUUGCAGAAUGCGUUAACUCAAGUCGCCGAGAACCUCAACACAAGUGAGGAACUCUUCAACAAAGCCGCGCAGAUCAUCGUGACGAAUUUGGCAGCCCGGAAUACGGGCCACUCGUCGACUGCCGGCCAGGGCGCGCAUCAGCAUCGGUCGAAAGUGGCCGUGGUCGCAGCAGCAACGCCUAGCGACCCUUCAAUUCUAAACGAGGCUGUUUCGUCUGACGAGGGAGAUAGACUCGCAGCUGCCCAGAAUGGUGGCCACCCCGCCAAAGGACGAGGACGCGGCAAAACGAAGACGAACACCACUACUUCUUCUGGGCCCGGGCAAGCAGCUCAAGAGCAAGGACCUUGGACAACGUACGGGCUUAUAGAGCGCGGGUACCACGUCCGCACCAAGUACCGCUAUUGCUUGUGGUGCAACAGCUCAGCACAUGAGACAACGAGCUUGUUGGAGACACUCCGGCGCGCCAAGUUCAAAGCCAACCGCGACAAGUGCGAAUUCGUACGCCAAGAGUUGGAAUACUUGGGCCACUUCGUUACUCCACAAGGCAUCAGUCCGUUGCCGGACAAGAUUCAAGCCGUCCAAGAUUGGCCGGAGCCGCGGAACGUCACGGAUGUCCGAUCAUUCCUUGGCCUUGCCGGCUACUACCAACGUUUUAUCAAAGGGUACUCGAAGAUCACGACCCACUUAACCAAGCUUCAAUGCGAGGACCGGCCGUUUGAUUUCAGAACGGACGCGUGGGAAUCAUUCUUGGCGCUCAAGGCCGCAUUGCUCUUCGCGGAGGUAUUGCGGAUAUACGACCCGCUAUUGCCAACACGUGUCACCACGGACGCAUCCGGCUAUGGCAUUGGUGCUGUCCUCGAACAACAUGACGGUGUGGACUGGCACCUGGUCGAAUACUUCAGCAAGAAAGUGUCGGUUGUGCACUCAAUCGAUGAUGCACGCAAGAAGGAACUUCUCGCCUUCGUCCACGCACUCAAGCGGUGGCGGCACUUCCUCCUUGGUCGACGCCAAUUCCGAURGRUAACGGACAACAAUCCGUUGGCCUUCUACAAGUCUCAGGACACCGUCAACAGCACCAUCGCCCGUUGGAUGGCCUUCAUCGACCAAUUCGACUUCUUUCCCGAUCACAUUCCAGGGAAGUCAAACCGUUUUGCGGAUGCUCUUUCACGGCGUCCGGACCACUGCACCGCGGUCUACUCAACCUUCGAGAUCGAGGAUGACUUGCGGGACAGCUUCAUCCGCGGCUAUCAAGCCGACCCCGAUUUUGGCGACAAGUACGCAAACUGUUCCUCUCCCAAUUCGGCCCCUUCGCACUAUCGGAUCCAAGAGGGAUACUUGCUCGUUCACUCGCGGGGGAAGGAUCUACUUUGUGCCGCAAGAUUCACACUUGCGCACGCGGCUUCUUGGCGAGUUCCACGACGCCCCCGCCACCGGACAUUUUGGAGUCAAUCGCACGAUUGGCCGACUCCGCGAGCGCUUUUGGUGUGGCCCGGUCUUCUCGACGACGUCACGCGCUAUUGCGAGUCAUGCGAGAUGUCAGGGGAAACGGACGAGGCCUAUCAGGCCCGGAUGCUGCUUCUGAUUACUGAAGCUAAGCAACGGUCGGAUGCAGUAGCAGCCACAGCUAGGCAGAAGGCAGAGGACACCGAGAAGGCACGUCUGUUGACAAUCGAACAACAGCGACAGCACGACGAGGCAGCAGCAAAGACUGCCGAUGAAGAACGAGUCCAACGCCGCGAUAAGAUAUUCAGCGGAGAGCAAACUUUGCUCACAAUGGCAGCGGAUUGGCGGGCCGAGGCCGAGAAUGGCAAGAUGGAAGAGAGUGAAAACAAGAUCGCUCUACUACUCUCCCAUCUCACGGACCUCCUGGCAACACGCAUUACACAGCAAGAGGAUAUCCACAGCCUCGACGACGCGUUGACUAAAGUCCACGGUCGCCUCCGGCAGCUGGAGAAGCGACCCGUCGCCGCCCCCGAUGCCAGCUCUUCCAACACCUCCGAUCGCCUCGAGGCAUUGGAGAUUGACGUCGGCUCCCUCAAGGACGACGUGCAGUUACAGCAAACCGCAACGCAGCGGAUCUGUACUACCGCCAACCACUCGAGCUCAGAACCACGCGAGACAGCUCCAAAGUUCGAUGGGCAGGAGAUUUUCUGCGACUUGACGAAGACAGACCCGAUUCCAUGGUUCCGCAAGUUCGAGCUCACCUUGCAGCUACACUACGUCAAAGAACACAAGCACCACGGGUACUUAUGCUUCUGGUCGGGGGGUGCGUGCCAAGCAUGGUUGGACAAUCCCUUGUCCAAGUACGGAGUGGUAGCUGUCGACUUGCAUACCAAGAUCAGCGGGGAUGAUCUAAAGGCGGCGUGGCAUAAGCGGUUCCAAGUAGAGUCGUCGGAGAUCAAGGCAAUGGACAAGCUGAUGGUCUUCGAACAAGGCACGCUGCCGAGUGUUGAUUGGAUUGUCGAGUACCAACGCUUGACAUCCGUCCUAUUCAUUCAAAUGGGCUUCAAAGCCAUCAAACACUACUUCAUCUCGAGGUCGUGUCCGACGUUGGGCAAUGCCUUGACUCACAAGGCCGCGCAGAGUAUUGUCACGAACAAGGAGGCCAAGAAUCUCCAGCGUUCGUUUGCGCCAGGCCUGAGCAGAGAUCAGCAUCGGUCGAAAGUCUUUGUGUUUGCCGAGAUCUUCGAGUCACCUACCAGUGUGGUGCCGGAUCGGCCGAUCUCUCACGAAAUCAUUCUUGAGGCCGGUGCCAUGCCGCCGAAAGGUUGCAUUUAUCGCAUGAGCGAGGAGGAGCUUACGGUCCUCCGCGCACAACUCGAUGAUUUGUUGGACAAGGGUUGGAUCCGCCCUAGUAGCUCUCCAUACGGAGCGCCAGUUCUCUUCGUACGGAAGAAGAACAAAGAUCUACGAUUGUGCAUCGACUACCGCAAGCUCAACACGCAAACCGUCAAGAAUGCGGAGCCUCUUCCUCUCAUCGACGAUUUUCUUGAGCGAUUGGGCGACGCAAAGUAUUUUUCUAAGUUGGAUUUGAAGUCGGGAUAUCAUCAAAUCUCGAUCCGAUCGAAAGAUCGUUACAAAUCUGCGUUCAAGACGCGGUAUGGGCAUUUUGAGUGGGUGGUCAUGUCUUUUGGCCUCACCAACGCCCCGACGACCUUUCAAGCGGCAAUGACCAACGAGUUCCGUGCAAUGUUGGACCGGUUCGUGCUGGUCUACUUAGACGAUAUUCUCGUCUAUAGCCGGUCAUUGGAGGAUCAUCUUGAGCACCUUCGACGAGUGUUGGAGACGCUCCGCCGCGCCAAGUACAAGGCCAACUGGGACAAGUGCGAAUUUAUCCGGCAAGAGCUGGAAUACUUGGGCCAUUUUGUCACACCGGAGGGCAUCUGUCCGCUAUCGGACAAGAUUCAAGCCAUCCAAGAGUCCGUCGUGCACUCCAUUGACGAUGCACGCAAGGAGCUCCUCGCCUUCAUCCACGCACUCAAGCGGUGGCAGCACUUCCUCCUUGGUCGAAGCCAAUUCCGGUGGGUAACGGACAACAAUCCGUUGGUCUUUUACAAGAUCCAAGACACCGUCAACAACACCAUUGUUCGAUGGAUGACUUUCAUCGACCAGUUCGACUUCUUUCUCGAUCACAUUUCGGGGAAGUCGAACCGUUUUGUGGAUGCUCUUUCACAGCGUCCGGAUCAUUGUACCACGGUCUAUUCAACCUUCAAGAUCGACAACGACCAGCGGGACAACUUCAUCCGCAGCUACCAAGCCGACCCCGAGUUUCGAGACAAGUACGCGAAUUGCUCCUCUCCUAAUCCAGCGCCUUCUCACUACCGGAUCCAAGAGGUGUACUUGCUUGUCCACACACGGGGGAAGGACCUUCUUUGCGUACCGAGUGACCCUCACUUGCGUACACGGCUUCUUGGCGAGUUCCACGAUGCUCCCACCACCAGACACUUUGGAGUCAACGCGUGCGAUUUUGAUGGCCCGGCCUUCUCGGCGACGUCACACGCAAUUGCGAGUCAUGCGAGGUUUGCCAACGCUGCGAAUCCCGCAACCAUCGUCCAUACGAUGAGCUGCGACCAUUACCGGUCCCCUUGCAGCAAAGGGAAGCGAUUGCCAUGGACAUUACUGGCCCAUUCCCCAAGCACAAGAUCGGCGUGGAUGGGAGUUUCAUGGUGGUUGCUGAAGAAAGAAACAAUCAAGAAGUGGGAUAAGGAUUGCACGUCUGCCAUUAAGAAGUUGAAGCAGGCGUUGAUAGAGUACCCGAUCCUUAAGGUAGCCGAUCCGUCCUUACCUUUCAUCGUCACCACUUACGCGAGCCAGUAUGGUAUAGGUGUUGUACUACAGCAAGACGAUGGCAACGGAUAUAGACCCGUAGAGUUCAUGACUGCUAGGAUGCCUUCAGAGAAGGUAGCGACAUCUACCUACGAAAGGGAACUCUACGCUCUCAGGCAAGCAUUGGAACACUGGAAGCACUACUUGCUUGGGAGGCACUUCAAAGUCUACUCAGACCACGAGACAUUAAGGUGGCUGAAGACGCAGGCCAAGAUGACACUUAAGCUGACUAGGUGGGCCGCAGAGCUAGACCAAUAUGAUUUUGAGCUCAAGCCCGUCAAAGGGAAGUAUAAUGUAGUUGCGGACGCUCUGAGUAGGAAAGCUGAUUACUUUGGAGCGAGCGAUAGUUCAUUGUCUGGAUAUAGGAAGAGACCUGCAACAGAAAGUUAGAGAGGCGUACACGCAGGACCCUAUCUAUAGUGACCUCCUCAAGAGAGUAAAGGAGGCCCCAGAGU